AUGUCCUCCACUCCACGCGGAACGACCCCGGCCACCACCGCCCUAAACGCGCUCGACGACCGGCGCAUCAAGAACAUCCGACCCUUGAUCCCUCCUCAGAUCUUGAUGGAGGAUUACCCACUGGGGUUGAGGGCUGCUGCGACGGUUCUUGAGGGCAGGAAGAGCGGAGAGCAGAUUGUGAAGGGCGAGGAUGACAGGUUGAUUGUCGUCGUCGGACCUUGUUCGAUUCAUGAUGUUCGUGCGGCGCUCGAGUAUGCAAAGUUGCUCAAGGCUUAUGCGGACGAGGCGAGCGACGACCUCUUGAUCGUCAUGCGCGUCUACUUCGAGAAGCCUCGGACGACCGUCGGCUGGAAAGGCCUGAUCAACGACCCGCAACUGAACAACACCUACCAAAUCAACAAAGGCCUGCGCCUCGCACGCGGCCUCUUGCUCGAAAUCGCAAACAUGGGCAUCCCGACCGCCGUCGAGUUGCUCGAUACGAUCUCGCCGCAGUAUGUGGCGGAUUUGGUUUCGUGGGGAGCUAUUGGGGCUAGGACUACCGAGUCGCAGGUUCACCGUGAACUUGCUUCCGGCAUGUCGAUGCCCAUCGGCUUCAAGAACGGCACCGACGGCUCUCUCCAAAUCGCCAUCGACGCGAUCGGCGCCGCGGCCGCCUCUCACUCGUUCCUCUCCGUCACCAAGCAGGGAAUCUCCGCCAUCGUCGAGACGGAAGGGAAUCCCGCUUGCCACGUGAUCCUCCGCGGAUCGAACCAGGGCCCGAACUAUGAGAAGGAGCAUGUGAAGAAGGCGGCGGAGGGAUUGAGGAAGGCUGGGUUGGUGGAUAAGGUCAUGAUUGAUUGCUCGCAUGGUAACUCGAGCAAGAAGUUUGAGAGGCAGGUGAUUGUCGCGGAGGACGUUGCGAAGCAACUCGGAGAGAAGGAGACCGCCGAGCACAUCAUGGGCGUCAUGAUCGAGAGUCACCUCGUUGAGGGGAAGCAGAGUAUUCCAGCGAACGGACCGCAGAACCUCGUCUACGGCCAAUCCGUCACCGACGCCUGCAUCUCCUGGACCACGACCGUCCAAGUUCUCGACACCCUCCGCCAGGGCGUCCGCGCACGCCGCGCGCUCCUCGGCGCCGAAGCAGGACGUAAGGGAAUCGACAACACCGCCUUGGCGACGGCGAGUGAGAGGGCUAGUUCGGUAGAGGGCGUGAGGGACUUCAAUGAUCCGGCGCAGUUCCCGGCUGCUUGA